AUGUGCGCAAAGCGCGGCUACACGGAUGUGGCGCAAUUGGCGGAGCCCAAGUACCAAGAACAGCCGGCGCUGGUAGGAGAGGACGAGGCGCCGUACGCCAAGCAGAGGCGGGUGUUCGAGGAGAACACAGGACACAUGGAGCCUGGACUGAGGCAGGAAUUGUGGUCCCAUCUAGAGGAAUACCGGGAUGUGUGGGAACACCCCAAGGCCGCGCAGGCACGCUACGAGGCUAAGUUCGAAGUCACGGGAAAGCCGUACAAGGCCCGUGUGAGACACUACGAGCCGGAGAUGCGGCAGGAACUGGAAACCCAGGUCAAGAAACAGCUGGAGUUGGGCGUAAUCAGGCCGUCGAAGAGCGAGUGGGCGGCGGCCCCCCACUUCGUCAAGAAGAAGACCGGCGAGUGGCGGUGCCUUCUGGAACGUGCCUAUCGAGGAGGGGUGUAA